AUGGCUAGUCCUUCAAGGCCAAAUAUCAUCUUCAUCCUGGCUGAUGACCAUGCUAGCAAGGCCAUCAGCGCGUACAACACCGGCAUCAAUUCCACGCCCAACAUCGACCGCCUGGCCACCGAGAGCAUGAAGUUCAACCACUGCUAUGUGACCAAUUCCAUUUGUACACCGUCUCGUGCAGUGAUAUUGACAAAUACCCGCAACCACGUCAAUGGCGUGAUGACGCUCGACGGAAAGAUCAAUAAGCACCUACCAAACGUUGCAAAGGCGCUACGCUCGGGAGGGUAUGCAACCGGUAUGGUCGGGAAAUGGCAUCUUGGCGAAGGCCACGCCCACGAACCUACAGGCUUCGACUACUGGUCGAUUCUCCCCGGUCAAGGCGACUACUGGGACCCCAAGUUCAUCGAGUCGUCGGGGACGCAUCCUGAGAAGGGAUAUGUCACCGAUAUCAUCACGGACAAGUCACUAAAAUGGAUCGACUCGAUUCUGGAACGGCUUGCACCAUCAAAUGAUGAAAAGCAGCCCUUUUUCCUCAUGUCCCACCACAAAGCACCUCAUCGCUCGUGGGAAUGCCAUGACCGACACAAAUACCUGUACUCGGAACCAAUUCGUGUGCCCGAGACCUUUGGAGACGACUACCGAAACCGUGCAAAGGCGGCCAAGGUGGCCAAAAUGCGCGUGGCCGAAGAUUUGACAUACCAGGACCUGGGGCUGGUGCAGCCCGAUGGCAGCGACAGUGUGGGACAGCGUGUCCAUCAAGAGGGUAGCAAUGUGCAGCGAAAGGUGCCCGCGCCGGACGAUGUCUCGUCGAUGCGACUGACCGACAAGGAUACAGGCCAAGUCUUCACAUUCAGGACGCCUGGCGAGCUGGCUGAAUUCAAGCUUCAGCGGUACAUGCAAAGGUAUCUGCGAACCAUCCAAUCGAUCGACGACGGUGUGGGCACGAUGCUUUCGUACUUUGAGGAGAAGGAGUUGCGCUUCAUGUACGAGGAGAGCUUCCAGAUGCCAUUCCUGAUCCGCUACCCAGCCCUCAUAGCACCAGGUACAGUCUGCUAUAGCAUCGUGUGCAAUGUCGACUUUGCACCAACAUUCCUCAGCCUGGCCGGAGGGCUCCGUAUCCCAACAUACAUGCAGGGAGUGUCGUCUCUGCCGCUUCUCAGGAGCAGAGGAGAGGCGCCGCGGGACUGGCAGCAGGUGGCAUACCACCGGUAUUGGAUGAGCAACGACGAGAUCCACAACGCAAUGGCGCACUACGGCGUGCGUGACCAGCGGUACAAGUUGAUAUACUGGUACAACGAUGACCUCGGUGUUGAGGGUGCUCGUCCAGCAACAACAGUCACCGACAAGGAGUGGGAGCUGUUUGACUGCGAUGAAGAUCCACUGGAGCUGUUUAAUGUGUAUUUCGAGGCGAAGUGUCAGGAUGUAGUGCGGCACAUGACAAGGCUCCUAGAGGACAAGAUGGAGGAGAUCGGGGAUGACCCGGUGCACCGCAAGACGGAAGGUGCUGCCAAGGGGAGAUGGAGAUUGUAG